GAUAUAAAAUUUUCGAAAUACAUCAAGGUUACUGCGACAUAUUCAACACAAUGGCAGCAACACGCUCACUCAACUAUUUCAAUUUCAACGCGGCGGCAGCAAAGGAUGCCACGUUGGAAAAGCAAAGCCCCGUGCGUGCUCUUCCAUCAUCAUGGUACAGCUCUCAAGCCAUGUACGAGAUGGAACGCCGUGCCAUCUUCUCCCUGUCGGUGGCUAUUCAUCACACACAGCUCGCGUGUCAAGAACGCUGGUGAUUGGGUCCGCUACAACGUUGCAGGGAUACCAAAACUUGGAGAUGGACAAAGAUCAGAAUGGGCUCUUCCCGAUUCAUACACACAUUGAUCGCAAUGGGUUCAUCUGGAUCAACAUGGAUGCAAAGGAGACACCGGAGGUGUAGUUGGAGGAGCACUUCGAAAACGUUGAUAUCCAGAAGCGUUACACUGACUCGAAUAUCAACUUCGACGAAUACGAGCUUGAAUACACUUACGAUCUAGAAGGCGCCUACAACUGGAAGAUUCUCGCCGACAACUUCAACGAGUGCUACCACUGUCCCACCACACACACCGACGUCCCCACCUUCCUCAACCUCGAAACCUUCGACAGCGACCUCAAAGGCGGACAUAUCCAGCACUAUUGCGAACCGACCGAAGACCAAGUCAAACUUGGCAACUACACACACAGUACCUACUACUUUCCCGUCUCGUCCAUGGUUGCUGCCCGCCACUUCAUGAUGAUACAGAAAUUUUUGCCAUCCUCGCCCACCUCAUGCCAGAUGUCGUACGAAAUCUACCGCAAGAAAGGAUCCAGCGACGAAGACUUCCGCCGCAUCGCUGACGUUUAUGAGCGUGUAAUGAGUGAGGACAAGACCUUGUGUGAAUUAGCGCAGAAGAACCUUGUCAGCGGAGUUUUUGUCAAUGGCCAGUUGCAUCCAAAAUUCGAAAAAGGUCCGCUUUUCUUCCAGAACAAUGUUAGGCAGAUGAUCACCGAACACUAUGAGAAAGAGAAGAAAGAGGGUAAGGAGAUUUGGCCCGCGAAACACACAC